GCCACCAUGUUCCCCAGGCACUUCCAACAGUGGAGUUUCGUGGUCUUCUUGCUGAGUUACUGCCUGCCGUCCUCCGGCCGAUCCCUGGAAGGCCACGCGAACGGACGCCGAUUCAAAAGGACCGUCGCUGAAUACCAACUCCUUCACGACAAAGGGAAGUCCAUGCAAGACACCCGAAGGCGUAACUUCCUGCAAAAUCUCAUCGAUGGGGUGAACACGGCUGAGAUACGAGGUGUAGCAGAGAUGUCAUCCAACCCGAAACCCGGCGUGGGUCUGGGCAAAAUCUGCACUGUCAGCGUUGGCAUCGAUGAUGAAGGCAAAAACCUGACCCAGGAGACCCACAAGGAACCUUACAAGGAGCAGCCUCUAAAGACCCCCGGAAAGAAGAAAAAAGGAAAGUCCGGGAAACGUAAAGAUCAAGAGAAGAAGAAGAGGCGAAUUCGUUCGGCCUGGCUCAGCUUAAAAGGGUCCGGCAGUGGGAUGGACAUCUUGCGUGUUGCACCUAUUAAGACAAGGUAA